UUAAAGCAACCAGGAACUGGAAUACUGGCAAGGAUGAAAUUCUUUCUUAAAUCUGAGUAAUUUUUCCUGGUCUGAUGGCUACAGAGAAUAUUAUGUUUUCUAAAAUGAUUAUAGAACUUUUAGUUUUGCAAAUCUUGGGUCUAUCCGUGGGUGAAGUGAAUAAACCAUUGAUCCAUUUUCUGAGGACAGACAAGACUGAAAUCCUGCUUUACACAAAGACAGAAGAAGCAUUAAGUGUGAGGUCAAGCUACAAGAGCAAUGGGCCAAACAGGAGCUAUCUUUCUGUAUAUUUAAAAGACCCGGAAGUGGCACAAGUAGUAAACGUGACCGAGAUGUCUUCGGAGGUUACAAACUUUAAAAUAAACCUACUGACAAAGAGAGCAGGUGAGACAAGCUUAACCAUUCAGCUAUGGGAUUUUGUAGGUGGGCAAGACAGACUCAUUGAAGAGAUAAAAGAUAUCCAGAUCAAGGUAAUCUUCAAACAGAAAACAGAGACUCUCCUCCAGGCACCUUUGCAUUUUGACGGCUAUGCCCUAAUGCUGAUUUUACCAGUGAUAUUGCUUAAUAAAUGUGCGUUUGGCUGCAAGAUUGAAAUGGAGACACUCAAGAUUGCAUGGAAGAGACCUUUACCAAUACUUCUUGGUGCAGCUCUACAAUUUUUUGUCAUGCCAUUCUGUGGAUUUAUUUUAACUAGGGUUUUGGCAUUAUCUCAGGCUCUUUCUUUCGGAUUUGUCAUGACUUGUACCUGUCCUGGAGGAGGUGGAGGCUACCUCUUUGCCUUGCUUCUGGAAGGUGAUAUCACUUUGGCCAUCGUGAUGACUUGUGCUUCAACAUUAUUAGCACUGAUAAUGAUGCCUGUAAAUUCCUAUAUUUAUAGUAGACUGUUGGGGCUGCAUGGUUCACUUCAUAUUCCUGUUUCUAAAAUCAUGACAACCCUCCUUUUCAUAGUUAUACCAAUAUCGAUAGGCGUUAUCAUUAAGCAGAAAGUACCUAAAUGGUCUAGCUACCUGGAGAAAAUAAUUAAACCUUUUAGUUUUGUAUUGAUGUCUGUAGGGAUAUAUUUGAGCUUCAAGAUGGGAUUACUGUUAACAAAAACAAUUAACUUGGAGGUAUUUUUCCUGGGACUAUUAGUUCCUGCUUUGGGUUUGUUGUUUGGAUACUCUUUUUCUAAAAUGUUUAUGUUGCCUCUUCCAGUUUGCAAAACGGUUGCUAUCGAAGGUGGGGCAUUAAAUAGUUUCUUAGCACUGGCCAUUAUUCAGCUUUCUUUUCCACAACAGAAGGCAGAUUUGGCAUCAGUUGCUCCUUUUACAGUAGCCAUGUGUUCUGGCUGUGAAAUGUUGUUUAUGAUUCUGUUAUACAAGGCCAAGAAAAUUAUCGUUCUAAAUGUAGAGGAUGAAAAACUAAAAUCUUUUGUCUAAUAAAAAUCAGACAAGUAUUUACUGAGCACCUGUCAGGUAUUCGGCUCAGGAGGGAAUAAAAAUUAAUAUCAGAAACA